GAAUUACAACGUGGAAAUUUGGCCGCGGCGUCAACAGGGACAGCUAAAGGCGUGACAUUUUGGGCAGCUUGGAAGACGCCAUCCAUUUUUCGUUUGGGGCCUUCAGUUCAGCGCAGUCGUUUUCGCGUCACGAGGGUUAUUUCCAAGCUCAAAGGGGAGUUGAAGCUUAGUUGCCAUUUGGCUGAAGGACUACUGGCUGCGAAAUUCACUCACCGCCGAAACCUCGAGGCCCACUUCUGCGAAAAUGAAGCGAGGGCCGCUCGCGUGGCUGCUUCCGUGGUCGCUGCUUCACUCCGGCGUCAGCGUGGUCGUGUACUUCACCGAGGGCCAGACGCUGAUCCUGCGGCCCGACUUUCGGGAUGUCAUCAAAAAUAUCGAGUGGAAGCGGAAUCGCAAUUUUGUGGCCGAAUGGAUGGAAUCCGCGGAAGCGCCCACCUACUUCCGCGAUCGACUAUCACUGGACUUGGUUAACGGGUCGCUGAUCGUCGCCGACGCCGUCGCGGCGGACGAGGGCAACUACACGCUGGUGCUGAACGACGUGUUGCAGGACGAGGACUUCAUCGUGAAGUUUAUCCGACCUGUACCCGAACCGGAAGUGCACGUGAGCCCGUUGGCGUGCUCGAGCGAGUCCGAGAGCUGCACGCUGCGCUGCGAAGGGGACACCAGCGGCGCCCAACCCGUCACUUACCUUUGGAGAACCGAACCGGGAACGGAAAUGGCACCAGGCGAAAGCCACAUGGUCAUCAACGGCACGGACAACCUGGUCGGGAGCUUUGUGUGCGCCAUGAAGAACCCGUUGGGCUUGAAGGAGAGCAAACCCUUCACCAACCCGUUUUAUCAGAAGCCACCCGACGACGGCUUGGGAGCGGGCGCCAUCGCGGGCUUGGUCCUGUUCGUUCUGGGGGUCCUGAUUGCACUUGCGCUCUGUUUUCGUUUCUGGACCAAGAAGCGAGGCGACGUAACCAUCAACGGAGCGGAGCGUCGCGCCGACGGGGGAACGGAACUGCCCGAGAACGAAAAGCUGAACCGCGACCCUUGACCGAGACCGCUGCUGUGUGCGGUUGCCACGGAGAUGAGCGAGGAUCUUGCUGGAUCGGCUUCAGCGGGCCAAACGGGCAAACUGCUUUUCUAUUCAUAUCGGAGGCCCCGCCAAAUUCCGCUCGUAAUUGAUGCUGAUGCCCACAGAUGCCACAGGAUGGCAGCAGAGUACGUUGCUGUUUCAAAUGAGGACAAAGAAGCUCCUCCUCUCACUUCGACAGGGUUUUGUCACCAAAGCAAGAUUUCUGUAUUCAACAAAGAUUUGGCCUGUACGCAACAACCAGGUGUAAUGAGGCAAUUUGCUGCGUGACUCGUAUUGGAUCUCAAAAACAUCUACAAAGACCAAAAUGUGGGCCUCGCCCGCUGUCGUGAUCGUCUUUCAUACCUGUCAUUAGCAGGACAUUUCUUCAUAUUGCAGAUUGUUGGUCGUUGCAUUGGAUUAGGAUGGUUCAUUUGGUUCCUUCCGGACACAAUCAUAUUUAAUCCAUUGCACUGUUACAUCAACAAAGUACACAACAAAAACAAAAGUUUGAAUUUUGCCAUCUAGGAAAUUGAUAUGACUUCAGCUUUGAAAGGAGUUUCAGUUUUUGUUGAAAUGAAAUCAGCUGCGCUAGUUGACGUUUUUACUUUUAAUGCUUCUGUUUUCCAAAAUGAUGCCUGCAUUAUCUGAAAUGAUUUGGAUCACAAUUUCUUGUUGACUUUCAUGGCUGACUGUCGUCAUACAUGUGUGGGGGACACCCCCCCCCCCCAUUAACAUUCUUUGGUUUAGGCACAAAUGAAAGGUCACAAUUGAUCUUGAAAUCUUAAGGGGGGGGGGGGAUUUGGGCUGGCCUGCUAAAGAUGCUGAAAAUAAAGGGUGGGGGUGGGGGGGGGGGUUUAGAACACAAAUGACCCAAAAUGUUGAGGCUCGGUCCUUUCUGGACGUGCUUUGUUUAUUUUACAGGCCGCAAUCAAGGAAUUGAAACUUCUUUUGUUAUACGAUGACUUUACUAAUUUAUAAUUUCGUCCCAAAAAUGGGUUAAGUCCUUGGGGAUAUUUCUAACAAUGUAAGUUCUUGAUAUGUUGCUGUUCAUAACAGUUCAGGUUGCACUCCAAACAAACCCAGCACGCUCCAACAAUGUGAUCAUACAGGCUACCCCAACCAGUUUUUUUUUUUUUUUUUUUUGUUUAAUUGCAAUCUUUACAGAAAAAAAAAAAAAAUAUUGUGAAAAGGCCCUCAUUGCUAAUUUCCCCACUUGGAGGUCAUCAAACAAAUGUAUCACACAAACAUAGCCCAAGUGAACUUAAAAUGUUUUGAAAUGUUGUUUUCAUUUAUUGGAGAAGAAGUAUCAGCACCCUAAAGCCAAAGAACUGUUUGAUCCAAUCUCAGCAGGCCUGUUCUAGAACUGCCAAAGAGAUUUUCCUUUGCACUACGUCGAUGGAGAUAUUUUGGCCCCUCCUUCCUGGCACAAUUAUUUGAAAUCACUUCAAUUUGGAGAAUUUCAGUCAUCUCCCGGUUGAACGUGUCCGGAGGUCUUCACGCUUGGGUGGGAUCAGUGAAACUGAACCAAAACUUGUGAUUAGCCACAAUUACUUUUACUUUUAGCACACUCUAAAUAGUUUUUUUAUUUUCUCUAAAUGAAAUAAUUUAAAACUGCAUUUUAAGUUGACUUGAGUUAUAUUUGCUACUUACCUCUGAUGAGCUCAAACAUUAAAGUGGCGAAACUACGCAAAAAUAUAAGAAUUUGACAAGGUCGACCAUAUUUUUUUUUUACGGGAGUAAAUGUAGAAAUGAACCAUACAGGCCUGAAGUGUUGUUUUGUUUUUGGUCUUUAGUGUGGUAGUCGUCCAUUGUCUAGUUUAAUUCUCCAACAAUGUAUUGUUAAUAAAGCAUUUGGACUCGUGUGA